AUGGCUCCAAUGAGUCUCCCACCAGGAUUUAGGUUCCACCCCACAGAUGAAGAGCUUGUUGCUUACUACUUAGAAAGAAAAAUAACUGGUCGCUCAAUAGAACUUGACAUCAUUGCUGAAGUUGAUCUAUACAAAUGUGAACCUUGGGAUUUACCAGAUAAAUCAUUCCUCCCAAGUAAAGACAUGGAGUGGUAUUUUUAUAGUCCAAGAGAUAGAAAGUACCCAAAUGGAUCAAGAACUAACAGAGCAACAAGAGCUGGUUAUUGGAAAGCUACAGGGAAAGAUAGGCCAGUCCACUCUCAAAAGAAGCCACUUGGUAUGAAGAAGACAUUGGUAUAUUAUAGAGGAAGAGCACCACAUGGGAUUAGAACCAACUGGGUUAUGCACGAAUACCGCUUAAUUGAAUCUGUGCCUUGUGCUGCUCAUUCAUCUUUAAAGGAUUCCUAUUCAUUGUGUCGAAUUUUCAAGAAGACUGUUCAAAUUCCAUCCAAACCUAAACAAGACGAACAAAUCGAGGAAGCAAAGAAGGAAUUGAUGCGGGUCUCAGAAGAACAUUUAUUAGGUGAAGACUCAAGUGGCACUGAGAUUUCCAAAGAAAUGGAAACCGUGAAUGAGAAAAUUCUCAAUCAUGAAAAUCCUAAAUUUCCAUGUGACGCUUCUUCUUCUGAUCUCACUCAAGGAACAUGUACACCCACGGAUACGGGUAUAGCAGACGAUUUUCAAGCACAAUUUGCUUGUGAUGAAGCAAAUAGUGUAGCUAAUUCUUAUCCAAUAGGAAUUGGUUACCCCUCAAAUCUAUUUCAGGAUAUAGAAAUACCUAUCUUUGGUGGCAUGCAUUAUCAACUCCCAUACACCCCUUUGGUGCUGGAAGAUUUCCCACAAAUAAAUUUACCAGAGACAAAGUCAAUGAAGCCCGAAAUGACUGAUGAUUGCAUAUUAUAUGACAAGUGCAAGGACUAUCUGAAUGGAACACUAGAAGAGAUCAUCUCUUUGUGUUCCUCUCAAGAUAAAUCUGUCGCUUUUCCCAUGCUAGAAUGA